ACAAGCUUAAUUUCUGUGGAUUAAGACACGAACGAAAAUUUCGCAUUUACUUGUCAUGCGUAAUGACGCGCGAUCCAACUUGGUACACUUGAAUAUUACCUUGGAAUGCCGAAAUAUUUAGCCUGUCGCUGGAUUAUCAAUGAUUUGUCUCUGGGAUUAAACUAAAGGAUUUAAAUUAUGAUUUACUUUUUCCAGUUCUUGUGUCUCCUCGCCAUCUCAGAUGGAGUGAUGGACCUUACUUUGACCUCCACUGUUAUGAGCAGGGGCGCUGCAAACUUUUCUCUUUCUUGUAUUUCUGGAGAACGAAGCACUGCUGGCUUAGAACUGGACAUUAGAAAAGAUAACAGCAUUAUUCUCCACCACCAUCUGCCACAUAUGAAUGUGAUGAAGGUUAAAGAUAAGGAGGUGGUGGCCUCUGGUUUUGAAAACAUAGAGCACUGCGGAAUCUUUUACUGCCAAGCCAAACAGGGCACCAGCGACCCCACAGAUAUUACACUUAUCAAUAACUAUAGUUCAGCCCGCUUUAGACCAGUGCAGCUCUCAAUGACAGUCAAUAAAGGAGAUAAAGUUCAACUGGCUAUGGAAGCACUGGACUUUGAGAGAAGAGAUAUCACAUGGAAAUACAAAGGUAACUACUACUACGUGACGCACUCGGAUGAUGUCACCAACAUGACGGCUGUUCUCACCUUAACCAACGUUAAUCAGGACCAUACUGGGGUGUACAGUGCAAGCUACAUUGGAGACAGUCCCCUCUAUGGUGCCAUGAUGCGUCUCAUCGUUAGAAACUGCCCAAGCAAAAAGUGGGGGAUGGACUGUACCAAAGACUGCCCAGAGUGUCUUAAUGGGGGUGUGUGUGAUGACAAAGACGGGGACUGCAUUUGUCCCCCGGGUUUUAUGGGAAUGCGCUGUGAGACAGCAUGCCGGGGAGGAAUGUUUGGACGGAACUGCCAGGAAUCCUGUAAGUCGAGAAUGGAUUGCCAGGGCUUGCAGUUCUGCCUCCCAGACCCCUAUGGUUGUUCCUGUGCCAGUGGUUGGCAUGGACAUCACUGCGAAAAAAGCUGUCCCAAAGACAUGUAUGGAGCCAACUGCCAUCUGAGCUGUAAGUGUAAGAAUGGAGGAGUGUGUAACCGUUUCUCCGGCUGUCAGUGUCCCACAGGAUGGAGAGGACGGCAUUGUGAAAAAUCAGAUCGAGCUCCGCAUAUCCUUGAUCUGCCCAGUACUCUGGAGUGGAACUUGUACUCCAGCCCCAAGAUCCUGUGUUCAGCUACAGGGAACCCUCUCCCCAGUCACACCUCUAUAGAGCUACGGAAGCUGGACGGUACAGUGAUCAAGGCUUCUCGAACCACCAUGGAUUCAAAUAAGAGUACAGCUCAGUUUGAAAUCCCACGCCUGCAUGCUGAACAUGGAGGCGUAUGGGAAUGCAGAGUUUCCACUAAUGGUGGGCAAGACUCCCGCAGGUUUCACCUGACUGUCAAAGAGCCUCCCUGUCCCACCACGGCUCCCAAACUGUUAGAGAAGAGGAGUAAACAGCUAGUGGUGAAGCCUGUGGAGACCUACAGAGGAGAUGGUCCCAUCAUCUCCGUAAAACUCCUCUACCAGCCCAUGGAGACAGGAGACAAAUGGUCUUCCAUUAUUGUGUACAACCCAGAUCCUUACCAAGAACCCAUUACCAUAAUGAACCUGAAGCCCUCAACCAGAUACCGUGUUUGUGUACAGCUCUCACGCCCUGGAGAGGGUGGGGAAGGAUCCACCGGUCCAGAAGCAAUCAUGGAGACCGACUGCCCGCAGCCUACGGCCAGGCCGGAGAUUGAUUUCAGCUCGGUGGAGGGCCGUAACGCCACUGUCCGGUGGAUCGUGCCCGGCAGCCCCGGUGAGGCCACUGGCUUUUUAGUGGAGCUGUACGGACACCUUGCGAAGAAACUUUGGGAGGAGACCACCUCGCUAAAUGUGCUCUCCACCAAGCUUUACAACCUGGAGUACCACCGGGACUACCAUGUGGUCGUCCGGCUGGUCAACUGCGGCAGCCUUGGGCCUGCCUCAAAGCCCUAUCCCAUCCGCAUCAACAGCCUGGGACCCUCAUCUCCACUGAAUGUCCAGGCUGACGCUCUGUCCAUUAAUGCUGUGCGAGUCCAGUGGCAACCCCCCGAAGACCCCAACGGAGGCAUCAUCAAGUAUACCAUUGAGUACCAGGCCAUGGACCAGGGAAGUCUGCACCACUGGGUGGACACUGAUGAUGGGAACAAGACCACCAAAGAUGUCACAGCCCUUAACAGCAGCACCUGGUACCAGUUCAGAGUUCGUGCCUUCUCCAAAGUACAUGGGGAGUGGAGCAAAUUUGUAAAAGCCAAGACCCAGGGAGAUGGCCCUCCUAGCUUCACCCCAACUACUCAGGAAUUGGGCGGUCGCCCACCAGGGGAGGGGUAUCGGCUGUUGGUUGCUGUGAUUGGCUCUGUGACAGUGACCUGUGUUACCAUUCUGCUGGCUCUGUUAGCCCUCUUCUGUAUCCGGAAAUCCAUUGUUAAUCGCAGACGAACCUUCACCUACCAGUCUGGAUCAGGCGAAGAGACCAUCCUGCAGUUCAACUCAGGAACACUGACCUUGACAAGACGGCCCAAACCCACCCCCGAACCCCUCACCUACCCCAUCCUGGAGUGGGAGGACAUAAAGUUUGAGGAUGUGAUUGGUGAGGGCAACUUUGGCCAGGUCAUCAAAGCUAUGAUCAAGAAGAAUGGAACCAAAAUGAGUGCUGCCAUCAAAAUGCUCAAAGAAUUUGCAUCAGAAAAUGACCACCGAGACUUUGCAGGGGAGUUGGAGGUGCUGUGUAAGCUGGGCCAACACCCCAACAUCAUCAACCUUUUAGGAGCUUGUGAGAACAAAGGCUACCUGUACAUUGCUAUUGAAUAUGCCCCUUAUGGGAACCUCCUUGAUUUCCUGAGGAAGAGUCGUGUCCUGGAGACAGACCCCGCCUUUGCCAAGGAGCAUGGCACCGCCUCCACUCUCACUUCACAGCAGCUGCUGCAGUUUGCUGUGGAUGUGGCAACAGGGAUGCAUUACCUCAGUGAUAAACAGUUCAUCCACAGGGAUCUGGCAGCCAGGAAUGUCCUGGUGGGGGAAAGCCUGGUGGCUAAAAUAGCUGAUUUCGGGCUGUCUCGAGGAGAAGAGGUGUAUGUCAAAAAGACAAUGGGAAGAUUGCCUGUGCGCUGGAUGGCUAUCGAAUCUUUAAACUACAGCGUUUACACCACAAAGAGCGAUGUAUGGUCAUUUGGAGUGCUCCUGUGGGAGAUUGUGAGUUUAGGUGGAACACCUUACUGUGGCAUGACCUGUGCUGAACUGUAUGAGAAACUCCCUCAGGGCUACAGAAUGGAACAGCCCAGGAACUGUGACGACGAGGUAUAUGAGCUAAUGAGACAGUGCUGGAGGGACAGACCACAUGAGCGGCCGCCAUUUUCCCAGGUCUCUUUACAGCUCAGCAGGAUGCAGGAGGCCAGAAAGGCUUAUGUGAACAUGGCUCUGUUUGAAAAUUUCACCUAUGCUGGAAUAGAUGCGACAGCAGAAGAGGCCUGACUACCAGCCCCCCCAGACCCCAGCAGAGUUCACGGCCCAGCUUGCCACAGCAGGCUGCCUCGAUACUGCCAUCCUCCAAACAGAUGCUCCACCAGGACCACACAGUUAUAACUUGCAGACUGUGAAAGGACACUGACUGAGCCUUGGUUCCGCUGUUCCAGGGACCAGCGUAGGCAUCCCGGGCCUUGAGUCCUGGCCUCUUAGCACUCUGAGGAGAACAUAACACUCGCCAUUUAUGGGGUCUGUGGGGUGUUGAACAUUUCUACUUUCUGCCAUCCGUUUUGUUGAGGAAUUUCAGCCUAUUGGACAGUGAUGUUGAGUUUCAGUUCAUGUAGCACUUGAUGUAAAAAAAACCCAUCAGUACAUAUGCACAGUGUACCUUUCCUUGUUUAUCUGUUUCAUGUUAAGUGUAUAUAUUUUUUUUACCUUGGUGGGCAUUACUCAGUUAUGUGUAUAUAUAAUGUCUUAGUUAGCUGACCUAACUUUUCUGAAAUACAGUACU